AUGGACGGAGACGACAAGGAACUAUUGCGCGAGUGGCUUAUCCGCAGCCUUGAGCCAGUAUGCGACGCCGACCCGGAGGUGCUGAGCAAAUACGUACUGGCCCUGGUGCAGAACGACCUGCAGAAGCCCGGGCUGCAGGACACGUGCGUCUCUAAGCUUGAGGAAUUCCUCGGUGACGGUGCGUUCAGCUAUGCGAGAGAAAAUAAAUGCGGAUAA